CACCCAACUCUAAAAGUGUUCAUAAUAUAUCAAAUUUUGAAUUUUAAUUAGUAGUCUCAAUCUAAUAUGAUGAUAUAGCAUAGAAUCACAACAAAUCAAUCUAUUACCCUAACCUUUUAACCUUCAAUUUUGAAUCUCAACCCAAAAUCCCAAAUUGUAAACCUAAACCCUAACCCUAAAUCCGAAAUCCUUCAAAUUAAUGUAAAUCUUGAAUGAUUUUUUUUAAUUCACGUGCUUCUUGUUCAUGAUAUCAUAAGCAACAAUUGAUACUGUUUUGACAUGAAUCGCAUGUUUACAAUAACGAUUAUGAGGCAAGUGCAUUGAAUGCAUCCAAAAAAGUGGGUGCACCGAAUACGCUGCCAAUAUAUAUAUAUAUAUAUAUAUAUAUAUAUAUAUAUAUAUAUAUGAAUUAAAUUGUAUUUACUCAAAAGUAUAUAUCCAUAAUAGAUAGGACUUGGGUUGGAUAGUUCAAAAACCAUGACCACCAAUUUUCUAUAAUAUUCUUGUUCGAAUGUUAUCCAUACCAACAAACAAUUGAUUUAGUUAGAGUUUUAUCUUAUUCAAUUAGGUCAAGUUGAAGCAGUUAAUUAUAUUUGUCAAUAUUUUUAUUAAAAAAUUAUAUUUAUCUAAUCGAACGAACUUGAGUUGGAUAGUAGAAAAACCAUGACCACCAAUAAUCUAUAAUACAAUUAUUCGAAUUUUAUCAUCUCAACAAGCAAUUGAUUUAAUUAGAGUUUGGCAGAUCUUUCAUCAUAUACUCCCUACUACUGAAGGCCUCAUUGAGAAGAGUGUCACUGUCCUUCCUCGUUGCCCGGUCUGCUGGGGGGAAUCAGAAUCCAUGGAGCAUUUGUUUCUUGACUGUCCGGUUGCGCGGGCCCUGUGGGACUACUCGGGGUUGGAAUACAUCGGCCAAGGAUUGCCUCACCAUACUUUCCCCCUAUUUUUAAAAAGGCUUUUUGCCCUAAUUCGUCAGCCCGCUUUGGUCAUGGCGGUAGUGGCUGUUCUGUGGAGGAUUUGGAAAUCCCGUAAUUGGGUUGUCUUUGAAGGAAAGCAAUUUGGGUUCCCUACCUUGAUGCGUCAAUUCCACCAGCAGUGUGCGGAAUGGGAACGUCUGCCUGCAGAAAGGGCGACUCCGGGACGGAAUCCUGUCCUCCAUUCUCCUGGGCUGCCGGAGGUUUCCUCGUUGGUGUGUAUGUGGGAUGGAGCUACGAGAGCGGGAUCCCAUUCGGCUGGUGGGAUGGUUCUUCUUGGUCCCCAUAGGGAGAUCCUCCUAGCGCAAGGGGUCCAGUAUCGGUCUAUGGAUGACCCUCGAGUGGUGGAAACUCUCGUGCUCCGGGAGGCUCUCUGCUGGUGCGUGGCUAAUGGGUUCCAGGAGGUGAGAUUUGAAGGCGAUGCCAAGGUCAUUAUCGACAAGAUCAAUCAAGCGGAGACCAGGGAUAGUAGGGUGGGGAUGAUUUUGGCUGAAAUUAGGCGAUGUAUUGAUAAUCACCCUGGGUAUAGUUUGCGUUUUGUAGGACGGAGUAACAAUAGGGUAGCUCAUGCGGUGGCUAGAAAGGCCCUUUCUUUGUAGCCGUCUACAUGUCGUUCUUUUAAUUUUCAGGCCUGGCUGUAUUCCAAGGUGUAACUCUUCCUAUCUUGAAUCAAUCUAUGAUUAUCUUUUGUCCAAAAAAAAAGAUUUAAUUAGAGUUUUACCUUAUUCAAUCAGGUCAAGUUGGAGCGGUCAAUUAUAUUUGUCAAUAUUUUUGUCGCCCCCUACUUUGUUACACCCAGGCUUACAGCUUAGCGUACCAAUAAUACCAAAACCCCAAUGAUCUUAUUGUUCAAUCAAUUGAACUUUGUAAUAAUUCCUAUAAGAAAGAAAAGAAAUUGAAGUAUUUCUU